AUGGAGUACGUCUCCUUUCUUGAUGCGUCGGCGGCGACCCUCCAAGCCGCUGACCGCCUCUCGCCAGUGCGUGGCCGGCCGGCCGAGGACGAAGCAGAGGAGGACGACAGCGGCCUUCUCAGCAGCAACCAGCUCAGCACCUCCCUCAACCCUUUCGUGGGCACUGCGGCUUUCACGAAUACACAAAAUGUCUACUGGGCUAAAUCGGCGGGCCUGGGGAUGCCCGACAACCCCAAAAAGCAGCACAGCACUGUUUGCGGCGCCUCUCUCGCAGGUGCCACGCCGAUGUACACGGAGGUGAGCCAGCGGCAGCUGACAUCGCAGUUUGCAAGCAUCUCGUUGACAGAGGAGAACUGGUGUGCGAGUGUAAUUGCUGAAAACAACGUUUCGGCGCGCGAUGGGGGAGCACGACAAACUGUUGUCAAGGCUGCUCGCAUUCCAUCUUGCCCACCUCGCUCGCACCUCCAACCGAAGCCUCAAAUUCGUUCACCCAUUUCUCCCUCAACACCCGAGGGGCGGCGACGCGAAAAUAAAACGGGGGAGUUCUUUCGACUCGCUCACGAGCUCAAAAAGCAACGCCGUCGACUGCGCGAACAGCAGCAGCAGCAGCAACAGCAACAACAACAACGGCGGCGGUGGCAACAGACGGAGAAAUGGUAUCGCGGUGUUGCGAAGCCGCACACGUAUCUGCGCGGGGACAGCUUCAGUACCGCGCCCCGGGCGUCUGUCGAGGUGGUCGCGCCGGCGUCUGCGACGGGCUCUGUGCGGGCAGGCUAUGAUGGCGAUGAGGACGCUGUGGCAACGUUUCACAACCCACCAACGCAGCCACCAGUGAACGCUCCACGAGGUUCUGGCAUAUUGUCCUCGAUGCGAGGGCUGCAUCGCGAGACGCUGCUGCAAAAAAAAGGUGUGCCGCUGUUUCUCCGCCAGACGCAGCCGCUGCCUCAAACGCCACUGCAGAAGGCCGAUGGCCGUGGCCGCAGCCAGCGGAACCUACGGGCGCUGCUGCCGACGGUCCCAAUGCGGCACGGGUGGGGGGCCGAGGGAUUCAGCUACUCUCCCCCGACGACCCAGCUGUGCAGGGAUGCGUACAGCAGUGACAGUGAUGUCCCUGACAGCAGCAGCGCCAGUAUCUCUGAAUCGCUACUGAGUAGGCAGAGCGAAAGGAUGGGUGUCUUCCCUGCGCUAGACUUCCCACACGUACGCUCUCCAGAUUGGGCUACUUUGAAUUCGAUGGAGUGCGAUGCCUCGGAGUCGCGGUUGUCGGUGCCGUCCGCGUCAGAAGAGGCCACUGGGAGCGAUCAAACCUGCGUCUUGACUGAUGUUGCUCGCAACGUUGUACCGUUGGAGGUGGUGCCACCUCUGCCGAAUACAACGAUGCCGCCCACUAGGAGUAAUGCCCGCAACUUCGAUUACCACGGAAUGCGGGCUGCUGCUCGUGCGCUUUCGCCCAAUAGACCUCCUGUUUGGGUGAGCGCGCCCACUACCCGGGCCGCACGAGUCCCACUGUGGGGCGUCCCUCCACCUGUGGCAGCGGCGACCCCAAACUCGAGAGCCCGCAAAGGGCUCCUCCCCUCCACCCUGUGCCUCACAAAGGGCUCCCGCUUCACCUUCUCGGCCGACUCGUCUUCAGCGCAGUCGUCAGGCUCGCCAGCGUCUCCCGACCGCUCCCUAUCGACUUCGAAUAGUCGCCGCGAUAACUCCACCGUCCGCCCUCUCCAGCGCCAGCGAAAAAACGGCUCUUCAGGAGUGCCUCGCGGCGAUGAGGCUGUGCGGGGCGAUGUAAGCACCCACAGUACGCGUACUGGUGGUGCUCAGGGGCACAUAAACACGUUCGCCACGGCCCCUGGAGCAAUGCUGCCGCGCAAGGCCGUCAUGCAGCGCUUCUGUGAGCGCUUCGCCGCUUUAAAGCACAUGCUUUGCAUGAAGCCGCUGGAGUAG